AUGUAUAGAUCCACCAUUUCACAAUACAGGCUUAUACUACAUGGUAGAACCGAACACAUAAGCUACAAGGGUGACUUUCCAAUUUUUCGUUUCGACUUUCGAAGGUUCAUCACAUUGAUUGAUGCCGAGAAAAUCGACGAAUCAAUGCUAUUUGAUGUCAUUGGAAUGGUUGUCGAGAUACAUCCAGUUCAAAAUGAAGAAUGUCAAAGGAGUAAAAAGGGAAACGUUCUGCCCUGCACUCUAUGGGGGACAUAUGUUGACCAAUUCCUCAACUUUGAGAGUCAGCUUGACCACAAUGGCAAUCAUUGGACUUUGAUAAUUCAAUUAGGGCGUUCAAGAUCAUGGGAUGAAAAAGUGCAAGUUACCUCAUCAAAGGAUAUAACAAGGCUAAUUGCUGGAGAAAAUAUUCCAGACAUUGUGGAAUUUUGCAAUAGGGCUGCUGUCGGCCUACUUUCAAGGGCCCACUUAAUUUCAAAGAGUGCUAUAAUUGUAAAAUCUGAACUUCAAGAAUUAGCCGAUGGUGAUGUUGUUGUGAGUGUUGUUGACUCACUCUAUGAUACUGCUGAGGAAACCGAUGUUUGGGCUCACAGCUGCAAGCCUGAACUGCAAAUUGCUCUUGUCUGGGGUCCCACAGCUUUAGAAUACGAAACAAAAACCCACAUAUUCCUCUCAGUCCCCAAUCUCAUUAUCAAAGGAAUUUGUUAUACUCUCCUCCAGAAAAAAUCCAUCACGCCGAACACAAACGCAAUCCUCUAUCCAUUUUCAUCGAAGUUCGAAAUGACCUCGUCUAAAAACAUGGAUUCCGGCAAGUUCUCCGGCGGAAGGUCCAGCUUCACGCAGACCUGUACCCUUCUGAGCCAGUACUUGAAGGAGAAGGGCAGCUUUGGGGACCUCACCCUCGGCCUCACCCCUAAAUUUUCCGAAUCCAAAGAACCAGCGACUAUGAAUUUUUUGCCCAUGAUUGAGAAUUCGGGUCGGGUAUCGGGUUCCGGCGACAUCAGCGUGGAUAAUUUGCCUCACUUCGUCGGAGAAGAAGCGCUGAACAAAUCCGACGGCGGCCAGAGGCCCGAGAAGCAAACCGGUCAGAUGACCAUAUUCUACGCGGGUCAGGUCUUGGUGUUCGACGAUCUACCGGCCGACAAGGCCAAGGAGAUCAUGACGCUUGCCGGCAAGUCCGCCUUUGCUCCGCCGCAUACUGCCCACAGCGCGGUGGAUUCCGCCGCCGGCGCCGCUACUGCUGUCCCUCCCUUUGGGAAAGGGAAACCGGAGCGUGCCCUCCACGUUCCCCACCCUGCGCUUGCUUCAGAUUUACCGAUCGCGAGGAAACAUUCGUUAGCCCGGUUUUUGGAGAAAAGAAAAGAUAGGAUCACAGCAAACGCGCCGUACCAAGUGACCAAACCGGCGGCGCAGCCUAACCCGGUGAAGACCGAGCCGUGGCUCGGCUUGGCGUCUCAGCUACCGCUCCAAGCACAGCGCUAUUAGAUCUCAUAAUCGUGUGCUUUUAUUCUGGCUUUUGUACUCAAAUCUAACCGUGUAAUCAUUUAGAGAGAUUUAUAGUGGAGAUCAACCUGUUGAUUUCUCUUUUUUUUUUUUUGUUAAUUCGUUUUGAGUUUAAUUUGAGAUUUGGAUUUUGGAUUGGAGUAUAUAAUUCAGUUAUACGCAACUUUAAUGUGUGUAAUGAUUUUUGACAGAUAAUGUCUAUCCUUUUGUUGUGGUUUUCGAUUCACAUAUGUCGUAUUGUCUUUCUUUUUUUUCAUUUUUAUGCGAAU